AGGGGAGGCGAGAGGCGAGUCCCCGUCAGACAGAGUAAUUCUCGGCUCAGUCCCAAAUGGUUCCCUAUUUCUUUUAUAGUGCUUACCUUUGACCAGGGUCUGUAAGGCUAGGGUCAAAAGUAGGGCACUGUGUAAGGGAUAGAGUGCCAUUUGCGACGGAAACCUCUCUCUCCUCUCCUGGAGUCAUCCCAUUUGAUAUUGUGGCUUGUCCAAUCAGCGGAUACCCUCCGCUCGUCAACCGUUUGUCUUGACUCGCUUCCCCGCUGUAGGCUACAACCUUUCCGGUCUCUGGCCGGUGCUCUGCUGGCGCCACGGAGCUCCAGGGCCGCCCUGGUAACGAUUUCCACGUUUCGGCGAUGAGGAUUUAUCAUUUCUAAACAGGGGAGAAUGGAGAAACCCAUUUGAGAUGGUGCUUUUAAGAUCCGACCGGGACACACAUCAACAACAACAACGAAAAUAACAGUUGUUGUGCGGAGUAACAGAACACACAUGCUCGUCGUCACCGACGCAGGAGGAUUGUUUUGUUUGAGUGGCCAGGGAUUUGCAUAUGUUUUUCAAUUAAAAACAUCAUGCACGACAAGGCGACAGACACUCAGGCUUCGACACCGUCAAAAGUCUCCUCGUUUUACAUCGAAAACCUACUCGGCUCGAGGAAGAAUGGAGAGUCAACGUAUUUCAACGGACAGGUCAACAACAACAACAGCCAGUAUAGUAGCAGGACCGCGGAGGAGAGUAUGGAGCGGAAUGAGAUGGUCUACCCGAGCCGAGUCUUAGUGGGACAUCCCAGCCAAGUGGCCGGUCAAUUGGCAGCCUGCUCCGGCCUCGGCGCCGAGGGUUCCCCCCGGAGAGACUCACAGUUUGAACGGAACAGAGGAGCCGCAGCCGUUAACGUAGAACCACUCAGUCUCAAAAGGUCCAACAAUCCCAACGAGGACAGCAGAUGCUCAGAUUACGGUUGCUGCUCCCACUCAGCCAGCGACCGAGACUCCGUCUCUUCCGCCGUGUCAGAAGAACCCACUGAAGGCAGCGACAAAACGGGACGGAAAACGGCAGACAGCAGCCUGACCGACGACAACGACGAGACGCAGAACGCCUUUGACGAUCAGUCGGACCCGGAAGCCCCUCUGGACCCGAGCUCUGUCCGGAAGAAGAAAACUAGAACCGUUUUCAGUCGGAGUCAGGUGUUUCAGUUGGAGUCGACGUUCGAUAUGAAACGGUACCUGAGCAGUUCUGAACGGGCAGGUAUCGCGGCCUCUCUCCAGCUGACGGAAACGCAGGUGAAAAUCUGGUUCCAGAAUCGACGGAACAAAUGGAAGAGACAGAUGGCCGCGGAUCAAGAGACCGUAAACGUUUCCCACUCGUCCCAACGGAUAGUCCGAGUUCCGAUUCUAUAUCACGAAAGCUCCACGCCCUCGACGUUGGGUUUCAACGUGUCCCAGGUCUCCCCUCCGUUGAUGAGUUUCUCGAACCCUGUGAACUAUCCCUUCUCCUCCUCUGCGCACUCCGUGAGUUUAUUACGCUCGCAAAUGACCGGGUUGGUGUAAAGACCGGGUUGGUGUAAAGACCGGGUUGGUGUAAA